UAUUCAGCUGUAAUCUUGUGAAAAGUAUGCCGCAAGAGUGAAAGCGGAAGUGCCUUAGAAAUUUGCCUCUCGCUCGGCUGGAAGAAACCUGCCUGAGAAAACGCUUUAAAGGCGAAAAUGUUUCAACAGCAAGGGAAACAUGUCAGCAGAAUACCCAGACAGUAAGCAUUGAUAUAUAUGUACUAUCAAAUUUUGAUGUUACUGGAGUUUUCGUUUCAAUGAACCGAAUAUCAAAUUUUGCAGGCUGAAUAUGCCGACAUUCGGUUGAACAAUUCGUUGGACGUCCUAAAUGGGGAAUUUAAUUUUUACGAGCCAAACCACGCCUUCGGCAAGCGAAUCAUCAGCAAAUGAUAAUGAAAGCUCAGAGCAUCUUGUCGAACGACCAAUACUCGACAGAGUAUAUGAAUCAUUAAUAACGGUGGACUCUGCAAACAACAACAGUAUAAGUUACGGACUAAACAAACAGAAGAGCAAGAAGAAAAAAAAGAAUAAGAAGAAGGAAGAUGCUUCGGCUGAAAAUGUAUCAGGGCAGGGUUCUGAGAAAACUCGCGAUAACACUGAAGUUAAUGUUCCUUUCGAUCAUCACUCAUGCAGCCUCCUCAUGCCCAGCAACGAGAGUAACAGCUAA